AUUUUAUGUAGUCUAAACCAACCCCUAUUGCUGAUUCAGUAGAAAUCAUUAAAGGUAAUUUUCUUAUUUGAAUUCUAGAUAAACUAUAUUGGAUCUCAGAAAGCAAGGCUCCUCGUAACCAGCCAAAUGCUUUUUAUUUUUGUAUUGAUUAGGUACUGAGCAUUUUAUGAAGGUCUAAGGAUCUAGUGUAUGAACCAUUUUUUGCUGACUUUGGCCCGUUGAAUUUGGGUCACACCUAUCGGUUUGUAACAGAAUUGGAGAAGUUGCUGAGUGAUAAGUCAUAUCAACAAUAUGCGAUAUAUCACUAUACAAGUCUAGAUAGUGCCAAAAGAGCAAAUGCUGCUUAUUUGAUGGGUGCGUUUCAAGUCAUAAUUCUGAAAUACACUGCUGACGACGCAUGGAAACCAUUUUUAAAUGUAAAGCCAGCAUUCUAGGAUUUCAGAGAUGCCACUUAUGGACAAUGUAACUAUAAAUGCACUGUAGAAUUAACAUAUUAGCAAAGAUUCUUCAUUGUUUGAGAGGCCUUGAAUAUGCAAUCAAAUUAAAGUGGUUUGAUGUUAGAAGGUUCAAUCUUAGAGAUUAUGAAUUUUAUGAAAGAAUAGACAAUGGAGAUCUGAGCUGGAUCAUUCCAAAUAAAUUCAUAGCCUUUUCAGGACCUUCUGCAACUUAAAAGGAUGCGGAUGGAGUACACUAACAUUAUUAAUUAAUUAGAACAGAACAUUUACUCCUGAAGAUUAUGUGCCUAUAUUCAAACAAUUCGGAGUGACUUGUGUUGUGAGAUUAAACAAAAAAUAAUAUGAUGAAUAGAAAUUUAUUAAAAAUGGAAUAAAGCAUGAAGAUAUAUAUUUUCUUGACGGAUCUGUCCCAGGAGAUGAUAAGAUCUUACGAUUUUUAUAAGUUGCUGAAAAAGAAAAAGCUGUCGCAGUUCAUUGCAAAGCAGGAUUAGGUCGUACAGGUACUCUGAUAGCAGCUUAUGCAAUUAAGCAUUACAGGUUAAUUAGAAUAUAAUAAAUAGAUUUCCAGCUUAAGACUUUAUAGGAUGGAUUCGUAUAUGUAGACCAGGCAGUAUUUUGGGUCCCUAAUAGAUCUUCUUGCUGGUAAGUCUAUAUUAUUGAUAAUUUAAUCUAGCAAAAACAAAAUUGGCUGACAAGUUUGGGACAUGACUCUCAAAUAUGGAAUCAAGUUAAUCAGAUUGCUUAGGAAGUCAAUAUUGAAUAAAGAUUAUAGAAUUUGUAAAUAUAACCUAUGAGUGAAGGUAAUUUAAAUUUAAUAGUAUUUCAAAUAGCGGAUCAAUUUAUAGCUGAGAAUGGCGAUUAGAAUUAGGCUGAGACUUUAAAUUAAGCUCGAUUGAUGAAGUAAUCAAAUUGAAUAUAUUUUUUAGCUAAAAUUCCCUGGGACCUAAUAGAUGA